AUGAAGCUGUCUAUUCUGUCGCUGGCGACCAUGGCCGGCGCCGCCAUGGCCAGCCUGGACCCUAUUGUCAUCAAGGGAACCAAAUUCUACUACUCCAGCAAUGAGACUCAAUUCUUCAUGCGUGGUGUUGCCUACCAGUACUCCCAAACUGUGGAUCCUUUGAUUGAUGCCACUCUUUGCAAGCGUGAUAUCCCCUACAUGCAGGAGCUGCGCACCAACGUGAUCCGUACUUACUACAUCGACCCCACUGCCGACCACUCCGAGUGUAUGGCUUUGCUGGCUGAUGCUGGUAUCUACGUCGUCUCCGAUCUGUCCAGCACCAGCGAGGCCAUUGACCGUGACGACCCCGAGUGGAACGUCGCCCUCUACGAGCGUUACACCUCCGUCAUUGAUGAGCUUUCCCAGUACAACAACACCAUCGGUUUCUUUGCCGGCAAUGAGAUCGCCAACUCCGUCGCUACCACUGAUGGCAUGGCUUACGCCAAGGCUGCCGUUCGUGACAUGAAGAAGUACAUCAAGGAUAUGGACUACCGUGCCAUGGGUGUCGGAUACGCCACUGCUGAUGUCUCCGCCAUCCGUGUCGAUCUUGCUGACUACCUGGACUGUGAAUCUUCCGAUGAGAUUGUCGACUUCUACGGAUACAACAUCUACUCCUGGUGCGGUGAUUCCACCUACUCCGAGUCCGGCUACGAGGCCCGUACCAAGCAGUUCGAGAACUACACCGUCCCCGUCUUCUUCGCCGAGUAUGGUUGCAACUCCGUCUCCCCCCGUACCUUCACCGAGGUCGAGGCCCUCUACGGCGACAACAUGACCCCCGUCUGGUCCGGUGGUAUCGUCUACAUGUACUUCCAGAACACCAACGACUACGGUCUCGUCUCCGUCAUUGACAGCACCAGCGUCAGCACCAUGACCGACUUCAAGUACUACUCCAGCCAGAUCAACAGCGCCGACCCCUCCAGCACCAGCAAGAGCGCCUACACCCCCACCAACACCGCUCUGAUGUCUUGCCCCACCGAGGACAGCACCGCCUGGGAGGCCAUGGCCUCUCCCCUGCCCCCUGCCGCCGACUCCAACCUGUGCGACUGCAUCUACGAUGCCUCCGCCUGCGUCGCCGACAGCAGCCUGACCACCGCCAAGCUCGGAAAGCUCCUCGGAGUUGUCUGCGGCUACACCGACUGCAGCGGUCUCGACUCCAACGGCACCACCGGUGUCUACGGUGCCUACAGCAUGUGUGGUGUCAAGGACCAGCUCGCUUUCGCCUUGAACAAGUACUACAGCGCCCAGAACGAGGCCGCCACUGCCUGCAGCUUCGACGGUUCCGCUAGCACCAAGGCCACCACUGCCGCCACUGGCACUUGCUCUUCGCAGAUCAAGGAGGCCGGCACCGCUGGCACUGGUACCGUUACCACUGAGGCUACUGCCACCGCUGGCUCCAGCGGUAGCUCGUCCAGCAGCACCUCUACCUCCAAGAGCGCUGCUGGUGCCACUACCGUCCACCAGAGCGUCACCUUUGGCUCCCUCCAGGUCGGUGCUUACGCUGCCGUUGCCCUGUUCACUGGUAUUGGUAUGGUUCUUCUGUAA